UUAAAAUGGAAAGCACUAAGAGUCUGAGAAAUGUUCAUGAGUCUAUUUUUAAGACUUCAAACUCUGGUCAAAGAAUGAGCCUCGAGAAUCCACAUUUAGAACUUUAUUCACCUAAAUUCGCGGAGAAUUACAUGCACCAGGACUCUGAUGAAGUUAUGAAUCAAUACGAAGAAAGAUCUGUUUGAAAAGAUGUAGCUAGAGGGCAAGUCCUGUUGGCCAAAUUAGCAGAGAAUGAUCCGAAAUUUUCCCCAGCACUAACCAAAACCCUUGAAAUUUUGGAUAGUCUGUGCCUUGUUUGGGACGAAUUUACCGAUACUAGCUUCAAAAAUGGCAUACAUAAGUUUACAGUAUCUCCCAAGGGUUUUGGGCUCGAAUCCAAACUGAUCGGAUUUUGUGAGGUUGAGAAGAACCUUCAAUUCCAAAAUCUGAAUAUGAGAGAUUGGAAUCUAGAGUCUAGCUUAAAAAUGCUUGGAUUACAGAAAGAAUUCCCAAAAAUUAACCAUGUUCUGAACACCAUCAUUCUCAUGGGGAAAUUCGAGUUCAUUGAAGGUGGAGUGAACGACCGGUUCAAGGUCAAGCCAGGCAUGACUGUUAACCGGCUUUGCAAACUAAACAGCAUUAAAGAGAACGAGUUUGUCAAGCAGUUCUGUUUCUACUCGAAAACAGAAGGACAUCGAAUGGUCAAGCUACUCUCGUUCUACCUCUAUGAGUGACUUUAUCAAUACAUUAUCAGUUUAUUGGAGACAAACCUGAAUAAGCAUUUAGAGCCACCGGCUGUAAUGAAGAAGACCACGAUGGUGUUCCCUCCUACACAAAUGGAGCUCACUCAAAGUAACACUUGACUUGGCUUGAUGAUCAAUCUGGUAGUCGAAGAGGUAUGAUACCAAUCACAGAAGGAAUAUUACUAUCUUUUAGAAAGACUCGAGGUCCAAAAUCUAACCUACUGAGGAGGGUUCAGGAAGAACCUGCCCGGAAGCAAAGCUCUUGUAGAUACCUUAUGAGGAGAUAAAGGGUUGAUAGCAUCGCUUGAGAAUGAUUCUCUAAUUCCUCUAAUCUCAUCAAAAUCUCAGCUGGUAACCGUUGACAGCAAGAAGUUGAGUAUCAAGUUCAGCUUUGUGGCACAAAGAAUGGUGUAUAAUACUUCCAAGCUCAGAGAUUACAUCAGAAGCAUGGUGCUGACUCCUUUGUUGUUAAAAUAUCUAAAAGUACUGUCUCAGCCAGUGAAGAACAAAGAAAACAUCCUCUACAUGAGAAGACUUAAGAAGUAUAUGCUAAGCUCUGAAGGGCAGAAUACUAUUCUCACUGAGAGGUUUACUGACAAUUUAGCUUUGUUCAUGAAGGAUAUUUCAAAGAAAAAUAACCAAAAUACUCUAUACUGUUGGGGGAAAAGAGACAUGCAGUUUAUGAUCAAGCAUUCGAUUACCAAUCCUCUCCUAGAGUGGUACAAGAAUGGUCUUACUGAGUGGUACACCUUCUCGGAGUUUUUAGAGAAGUUCAAAAUCUUACUGGAGAGAGCUAGGCCUGAAGAAGUAAACAAGAAAGUUCUCUUCCAGUUUUGCCCUGAGGAGAGAAUCACCAUGAUCGCACUGGCAUUUCUCAAAGAUCUAGAAUCGAUCUAUUUCGGCACAACACAUGUAUUGAUGAAUAAGAAGGCUAGAUAUCAAUUUGAGUCCCAAGCCAAGGGUGGUUCGAUCUUCCUGAGGAACCUUCCUUGUGACCAAUCUAUCUUCAUAAGUUAUGUGAAAGCUAAAUUUAAUGACAUCAACAGGAGCAGAGAGAUUAGGCUUGAUUCCCCAAUCAGCUGUGAGGAUAGUUCUGAUGUAGAGAAUAUUGACUCCAAUCACCAAAGCAUGGACCUUUUCGUAUCCCCAAAGGAUGCAUCACAGAUCUUGAAGGAUUGUACUAACGAUCAGUCUCGAAACAUGCCGAUCCCACUAGCACAGUCAGAUUCAAUAUUCAGGUCUGGGUCACGCGAGGGUGACAUCACUCUCACAUCGAUUCAUAGUAAAGGAUCACUCCUAUCGACAUAUCAGGUCAAUGUAGAGAAGAAGAUAAUACAGAAAAGGAAGAAGACCAAGAAAUCCAAGAGAAUCGAGACCAACUACACAAAAGCACUCAGGCAGUACCUCAGAACUAAGAAAGAUAAUAAGAAGAAAAUACCUGAUCCUCAGCAACCCAUGCAUAAAGUUAUUAAGGCUUAUUGCAAAGAAGCCCGAUUUAACAAGGCUGCCAUAAAAAUCCAGAAGAUAUUUCGAGGCUUUCUGGUUCGAAGAGGAGGGCUAGAGAUGCCCUACCAUGGCCAGGAGAGCAAGCGAGACCUAGCUGCAAGGAUCAUACAGUUCUAUUGGCGCCAAUACGUGGAUUACCUUAACGAAUUAGAUGACCCAGAGCCUAUCCAGUUAGAGUACCAGCCACACUCUCCGAUAAGAAACGAGAAGGAAGCUGAAGAAAAGCGUAAAGAGAAGCUUGGUCUUGUUGAAUAUGACUACAUGCCCAGGAUCAGUGAUAAAUCUCGCAAACUUGCCAAUAAGAGAAGGAACAACCUGGGCAUCUCCCAGAUGAAUGUUGAAGAUAUGCUCUUGCACGAGAACAAUAUGAGGAACUCUAAUCGAGCAAAGUCAUCUCUGAAAGAAGAAAUCAGAGACCAGAGACUCAGGUCUAACUCCAGAAAGGUCUCUCGCAAACAGGCAGAUGAGUUCUACUCUAGGCAGAACCAUUACAAGCAAAAGCUCCAGUUCAAGAUUGAGGAGAAGCGGAAAGAGACCUCUGACUCCUUCGAGGAAAUAACCGGUAGGCCCUGUAUAAACAGGACUUCAAGGAGCAUUAAACGAACAUAUGACGACCUCAUCAACUGGAAGAACACUGCUGAGAGGAAAGUCAAGAACCAGAGAGAGAAGAAGAGAAUGGAAGAGAGUAUUUCCCUCAAAACCUUCAGAUCUAGCAUGAGCAGGUCAAGGAACAGAAACACUUCGAAUAUCUCAUCAAGAUCAGUCUGUGAUUUAGGCAAGAAGGCCAACGCGCCCAUUUGGCCUCUGAAAUUCGAGAAGCCAGGUAAUGAUGCAGACAAUAUGCAGAUGUCUCUGGUAUAUCAUUCUAAGGAUCUGAGUGAGAAUACCAUUGAAAAUAAUGGAAUCUCUUUCUUUUAAAAUUCAUUCAAUUCGGG